GUCUCUGACUGGCCGUGAAACGGCACUAUUGACUGCGGCGAUGGCGACGCCGGCUGUGAUGCGCGGCGUGCUCAAGCGCAAGCUUCAGGUCGAGCAGGAAGAUGCCGCUGCUACCAAGAAGCAGCGCGUGUACAAGGCUACAGUCACGGCCAUAGAUGUGAUGAACAAACUACUGGCACCCGAUGGAGACGUGGGCUACGACGUGACGGACGCCGAGUGGGAGCAGCUAGUGCAGUUGACUCAGCAGAGCGAGCGCUUCGAGAAGCUCUUCUCCUUCCCGGAAGACGAACCUGGCUGGGUCACUACAAAGAGCAAGAAAAAGAAGACACACCUUAAAAUUGUGGCUGUCGAUUGCGAAAUGUGCGUCACGCAAGAGGAGGGUACUUGUGAGCGCAAAACCAACGCGCUGUGCCGCGUAUCAGCGGUGGACGGCGAAAAUAUGCUGCGCAACAUCAUCUCAGACUUCAUUGUGCACCAACCUGAGCCUGGUUUCCACAUGGUGGACCCCAAGACGGACAUCCACGGCAUCACGCCCGUACAGAUCGCCAGCUGCAAGAUCACAGUGGCGCAGGCACAGAAGAAGAUGCUCAAGUACAUCAACAAAGACACCAUCGUGGUUGGCCACUCGGUGUACGGAGAUCUGGCAAGCAUGCGCAUCAAUCACCGACGCGUCAUCGACACGGCACUCAUCUUCCAACGUAAAGACGGAAGUCCGACCCGCGCGACGCCCGGGUUGAAAGAUCUCACCAAAGCCCUGCUUGGCUUUGACAUGCCCCAAGGCCACGACAGUACUGUUGACGCUCAAGCUUCAAUGAUGGCAGCCAAGUAUGCUGCUCGACAUGAAACCGGAAGGAUCAUCCCUUCAGCACUGGAGUUGCAUGGACCUCGUGUCAAAGAACCUCGCGAAGCCACGAGGAUAACGGAACGGACAGAAUACACCGGCCCUGCCAUGCUUGUUACGACAGCCUAUCAUCCUGGUGAACCUCGUGAACCCGCCAAACCCACACCCGUAAAAAUCCCUGUGAACGACGCGUCCUACAUCGACAUGGCCGCAAUCGAGACAACCAGGAAACACAAGUCCGAAGCUAUGAUCGCACGGUCCUGUCGCUUGCGGUUGCAUCGAAUCCCGAAGGGCUUGUCCAGCAAAGACAUCGAAAAGUGGUUCAUCGAGAACACCAAUAUCGUGCCCACCGCAGUAGAGAAGAUUGUAUGGCUGCCGAACCAAAACCGCGGGUCGUGUAAUGUGACCUUCGCGACCAAUGCUCAUGCUGCUCUGGCCUUCGAGACCGCCCAAGGUCCGAACGGGAAGACCAAGAUCACCAACGACUCUAUUGGUCGUCCACAAAAGACGAUCGCUAUCGUGAGCUUCAUGGGAAAGACAUACAAGAAUGUGGCACUUGGGGUUCUAUAGAUUUUGAUCUACACGUGAUAAAUAGAGAUUCAUGUCUUCACGUUUCAGCUGUGGCUGGUUUGUUACUUUGAGA